AUGGACCUACUUUCUACUACUUGGUUGGCUGAAUUCCUCGCUAUUCCAUCAUCUAUUCCACAGAAUCAUGUUAUGCAUGAGAUGACUCUAAUUGAGCUAAUUGUAUUAACACACAUAUCAUCAUAUCAUACAUAUUAUGAUCUACCUUUCAUUAUUGCAGUCAAUCAAACUUCAAAAUACAAUUCAAAAACAAAUACUCUUUUAUUUAUUAGAUCGAAAGUAUCUAAACAAUGGUUUGAAUGGAUUAGUUCAUGGGUAUCAUCAAACAUGGUGGCUAAAUCUGCGGUCUGUUUCACAGCCGGGAGCGUCAGUGUGAGGAGUCAAAUUAUACCACCUCCUAUUAUCGAAUACGUGAUUCACACUGACCUGGGAAAGACAACAUGUUUAUACAAUGGUAGAUUACCUCGUCAGUUCUUCUAUUUGUAUCCAUUCUGGUUCACCUUACCGAUGGAUGUCCCAGACUAUAUACCUUUUCAAAUAAUACCAAAACCAUCUUCAAUACCACCAAUCACAGUUUGGAAGGCAAUCAAACACUUUAAACUAUAUGAUAUAUCUCAUCUAAUCAAAGCGUUUGAUUCCACCCCCUCCUCCUCCUCCUACUCUUCUCAACUCAUUCAAGCUACCCAUGCAUUUAUCGUAUCGUUGGAUACUUUUGACUUGUCUUUUCCUCUAAGAGGCGGGGAAUGUGUUGAAAUAUUCGAAAAUACUUUAUUAUUGCAAGUAUUUGUUGAACGAGCUACCACGGGUAAACAACCAGUCCGGUUUCAAAAUAUCGUCGACCUGGAUACAGUGACAAGAUUAUUAUCCAUACCAGAGAUAUCACCAUUUUUCCAACCCCACUCGAUUGUCUUAUCGUUUGAGCCAAAUAUGCCAAAGACAAAAUGGGAGGAUUUACAGUUUAUCAUGUCAAAAUCAACCGUUACCAAGAUUAUAAUCGAAUAUCAAACCAAAGAAGACGCCAUUGCAUUUUCAAACCUCAUCCACAAUGUUUUAUCUCAAAAUAACAACAACGACAAUAACAACAACAACAACAACAGAGGUAGUCCAUUUGCAUCAGUAACCAAGAUAACAUUUAUUUUCUUUAAAACAAGUGAAAAGAUAUCAUCGUGGUUGACACCAUCUAUAUUCCCAUCACUCCAAUCAAUUGUCAUUAAAAAGGAUGGCUGUUCAUUGAAAGACCUUGUUCGCCAAAUCAACCGGUUUCCCAAUCCACUUUUGUCAUUUGAAAUCGGCAAUGGACAGGGUUGUUUGAGAGAUAUUCACGUCAAAAGUUUGACAUUGGGUAGCGGACAAUUUGAUUUAUCAAAAAAUACAUUUGUCGACAGGCUUGUCAUCAACAACAUCGAUCAAUCAAAACAUACUCUAAUCUCUCCCAACUUGAAAGAGCUGGUUAUGCCCAAUUGUUCCUUUAAUCUAUUGAAUCAACUAUUGAAACCAAAUCCAAUGUAUGACAAUCAAGAUUUAGCCAUUACAAUCACACCACAGAUCGACACAGAUUUAUUUAAUCUGUUAAUAGAACUCAAGACACCCAAGAAAAACAAUUUUGAUUGGAUUCAACAUAGGCAAGGAAUUAGAGAGCUAAACUUUUUGGGUGAUGGAUUAGAUGAAAAAGCAACAACAAUGAUACUAGACCAAUUGUAUCGUAGACAUUUAAACAAUAUCAAACCAAUUGAAUUGAUUACAGGUAUCAAUAUUGUUGACUCUCAAAUCGCACCAAAUCUAUCAACCAUUUAUCGUGCCUCUAGACAUACCCUCCAAUCAAUAUACGUUCAAAAUACAAUUCAAAAACAAAUACUCUUUUAUUUAUUAGACUCUAAAGAGAGAUCGAUCAAUUUAAAAAGUAAAUUAAGAUUAAAUCUAGUAUCUAAACUGUGGUUUGAAUGGGUUGGUGAAUGGGUAUCAUCAAAUGUGACAGCGACAUCAGUGGGGUCACGUGUUGUUGAAGGGAUGAAUUCUCUACCAUCUCCUCUUAUUGAAUACGUGAUUCACACUUGUCUUGGAAAGACAUAUUUAAAAGAUUGUAAAUUAUCAAGUGGUCAGUUCCUCUCACUGUACCCCUAUAGGACUAAUAGGAGGGGGCCUCUUGGAACAGAUUGUCGACCUUUUGGAUAUAUACCACCAACGCCACCACCACGUUCGAUACCACCAAUGACAGUUUGGAAGACAGUCAAACACUUUACAUUCCUUGAUCUUUUUGAUCUAAACAGAGUGUAUUGCUCAAACUUGUUCCUAGAGAUUGAAGCGACCCGAUCAUUUAUCGAAUCGUUGGAGACUGUCGACGUGUAUAGUACUCUCCAAGACACUGUAGAUGCAUUCAACCGUUCUCUAUUCAUGCCAGCACUUGUUGAACGAGUUGCCAAGGGUAAGCAACCAGUCCGAUUACAUAAUAUAAUGGACAUUGGAUCGACGGCAAGUUAUUUAUCCAAACCAGAGAUAUCGCCACUUUUCCAACCCCAUUCUAUUAUCAUAUCGUUUGAGCCAAAUAUGCCAGAUACCAAAUGGGAGGAUUUACGGUUUAUCAUGUCAAGAUUAACCGUUUCAAAGAUUAAAGUCGAUUUCACAACAACUACAGGCAUAUCAUCUCGAUAUGAAACACUCUUUCAAAAUGUUAUAGAAUCCUACAACAACAACAACAAAAACAACAACAACAGUAAUAAUAGAGGUACAACUUUAAAAAAUAGUCCAUUCUCAUCAGUAACAAGUAUAGAGUUUGUUGAAUUAAAAACAAGUGAAAAGAUAUCGUCGUGGUUGACGCCAUCGAUAUUCCCAUCACUUCAAUCACUUGUUGUCAAAGAUGGAUAUAAUUUGGCAGACCUUGUUCGUAUAGUCAACCAAUUCCCGAAUCCACUUGUAUCGUUUCAAUCCGGCGAUAAAGGAUACCAAUAUUCUUUAGAAGACAUUCAUGCCAAAAGUUUAACAAUUGGAGACUAUUAUAGUUUUGAUUUCUCAAAGAGUACCUAUAUCGACACUCUUGUCAUCAACUAUACCAGACAACCAAAGUCUACUCUUUUACUCCCACCCAACUUGCGGGUGUUGCAUAUUUCCAAUUGCUACUGUGACCAAUUAAAUAAACUAAUGAAUGCCAAUCACAACCAAGAUUUAAUCGUUAGAAUCGCACCACGGACCGACGAAAAAUCAAGGGUACCAAAAAGAGCAGAUUUUGAUUGGAUUCAACAAAAACAAGGAAUUCGAGAGGUCACUUUUUUGGGUGGCGAUGGAUUAGAUGAAAAAUCAACAAUAAUGAUACUCAGACAACUUUAUCUUCGACACCUAAACAAUAUCAAACCAAUUGAAUUGGUUACUGGUUUGAAUAUUGUUGAUUCUCAAAUCACACCAAUUCUAUCAAAUAUUUAUCAUGCCUCUAGACAUACCCUCCAACUCAAAUAUUAA